AGAAUCAGUUAUUAGUAACCAGCCAAACAGGCCCUUAAGCUUGUGAUAAAAUUCACAAACCCCUGAUCCGAAACCCUAACAAGUAAAAACGAGACGAACUCUGCUAAAAAAUGUUUCUCUCCUUAUGCGAAACCUUCUGCAGAAUCCAAACCCUAAUGCAUCACUCAUUCUACUCGCUGCUUCGACUCGGUCUCCGCUAAGACUCUACUCGUCCGACUCAAACGACUCCUCUAUUGACCAAGACCUCCCUGCCUCCGCUUCUGAAUCCACCCAGGAGAAGGACGCGUCUCUCGAUGUUCAGGAUGUGGGUAAUAAAGACCUGAGAAACAAGUUAGCGUGGAUCCUAGAGGACGCGAUUAUUAAAUAUGGGUUGGCCAGAGAUGGUGAAUCAGAUGGAGAAUCAGAUGGUGAAUCAGAUGGUGAAUCAGAUUAUCAAGCAAAUUAUCAAUCAGAUGGUGAACGAUGGGUUUACCGGAGCCAAAAACAGAUGCUUUGCGAUUUGGUUCGGCGGGGGCAUAUUCGAAACCCAGCAGAAAAUGGCUUAGAGAUGCGGUUCGUCGGGGGCAUCUUGAUAUUCAUGAAAUCCCAGAACCAGGUGACUAUGAAUUAGUUGAUGAAUCAGAUGAUGAAGAUAAGGAUUAUCAAUCUACUGGAAAAUGAGAUGCUUGGCGAUUUGAUAUUCUUGAAAGAGUAAUGUCAUGCUUACUCACCAUCUUACUAUCCUGUGUAAUUAUAACGCAAAUGUACGGGUACUAUACGUAUAGUAACCGUACUAUACCGUUAUAUUUACCAGGAUAGUAAGAUCGUUAGUAAGAUUGUGAGUAAGCGUAGUUUUAUUGUUUA